GAUCGAGAAGCUGGUGCAGAUGUAUCCACAUCUGAAGAGGAUACCUAUCGCUUCCUAUACUGAUGUGAUGCCACGUGUCUUAAUCGGUGUUGACAAUAUUCAUCUAGGAAAGCCAUCUCGAUGCGUCGAAGGAGGGUUUGACGAACCGAUUGCUGCUUAAACGAGACUUGGAUGGACGGUAUUUGGUCCGUGUUGCGAAACUUAUGCCGUGAAUACAAACAAGUACAGCAACUUCCAUCUAUGCAUCUACAAUGAAAGAGAAAAUCAAAAGUCGAUCACAGCGCUCAAUGAAUACUCCCCUGUGGAUUCACGUGAAAGCAGUGAUUCGAGGAAAUUGAUUCCGGAAGAAGAUGGUCGGACUACACAAGUAACAAUUGACAGUGAGCUUGUUGGCAAAGGGGGUGUGAAACCUGAGGUUGGAAGGAAAAGGUGAGCUAAAUUCAAAAAACUUUGCGGUAGACAGGUUGAAGGAAUGAGAUAGCAUAUGGAAAGAAAGAGAACGAAUGAGACAUGAUGCGAUGACACUUCAAAAUUGUACACAUAAACAAACCGGCGCCACCAUACGAUGAAUAAGCUUUCAGCUAAAACAGUGAUUUUGUUUGAUUUGUGCGUAUUAUUCUGCGAUUUUUGAAGUGAAAAUGGAAAAUGUGAAGCGUGCCAAGAAAAGCGGAAUGCUCAGCAAGCUGGGCAAAGCGAUAAGGGAAGAGUGCGAACGAGAAUGGGAGGCUGAAAACCAACCAGGAACCAGCAGACGCCUACGGACGCCACCAGUUUCUGAUAUUCCUGUUGUGUUUCCUGAUGUUGAGGAUUCUGGUGAGGAGAUUCCCUCGUAUGAUGACAUUGGCGUACUAGAGGACGAUGAGUUCGAAGAAGAAUGGCUGGAACAGUCUUUCAUAGAGAGCGACGAAGACGAAGAGGACCAGCCUGCUUAUGAGAACGAUGAUAAAGCGCAGCGAAACGAGAAGUUCUAAAAGAAACUGCGAAU